UCCACACACUCACUCCCUCCGUCACACACACACUCACUCACUCACUCACUGGAGGUGGGGGCACGGAGCGACAGAGCUAUAGCUUGGCUGCAGCAGACAUCAUUGUACGAGAGGAGGGCAGACGAUUCCACCGGCAGUGCGCGAGAAUAACGCACGGAGAGUCUCGCGCUUCCUUGCCCGUUAUACCGUACAGGAAUGGUGAAGGUUGUUGGAGCCAGGCAGACGCAGACACAGACGUGGACAGACAGAGUGGGAAUCACAAGCCGUCCCCUCAGACAGCAGGAGGAGAGAUUUUUCCAUCCCCAUCCCAGUGAUUUCAUCUGGACUCUUCUCUCCGAUUGAACCUGGUUCAGAUUCGCCUGUAUCAUCCUGCUGGGCUGUGCUGGAAGCCUGCGCUGAGACUACAAGUCGCCUUGGGAUUGUAACGACUUCAAUGGGCCAUAACACUUGCUGAAACACUGGAGGCGACUGAAUGAGGUUCUUCCUGCAGUCCUGGAGACUCGCUCUCAGAGGGAAAUGAUUCCGCAUGAAUUGCAUGGACCGCUUUUCCACAGCAGGUGUGACUUCCGUUGCUUAAGACUGAAAUCUGUGUCCAUCCGACCAUAGGCACAGGACACAUCCCCUCACACCACCACUCUCCUCUCUACCCCAUCCCCAUCCUUGUUCCGAACCAGUCAGUGGAAGGGCACACUCUGUUAGCAAUACAAAUAGAGACCAAGAGGGAGAGCCAAAAAAGACAGGGGGAAGAAACAUCCAGAAAGACACCAUGAAGUCAAACCAGGAGCGGAGCAAUGAAUGUCUGCCCCCAAAGAAGCGUGAAAUCCCAGCAAGCACUCUGCCCUCAGAGGAGAGGCCCAUGGUGAUGGCGCCUGCCAGUGAGAGCCAGCGUUCGGGAAACCUGGCCUGGCUUGCCAGUUUGGCAAGUGGACAUGACAGGGGGCGGCAGCACACCACCACCUUCUCAGAACCCGAUGGGCCUCAAUAUAAACCGUUGUCAGCCACAGCUGAGAGUACACCUCCCUCGUCCAUACACUUAACCAGAGGUCCCACUGCAGUGACCACAAUACCUUCCAUGUACACGUCACCCCUCUCUCAGCCUGCUGGCACUAUCCAGUACACACCCCUGCCUCCCAAUCUUCACUUCAUCAGCUCUCCGUACUCUGCACCAUAUGCUGGCUACAUCUCACCUCUAGUUCCCCAUUCGGUUUCCACCACUACCACACAACGUGAGAUUUAUGCCAGCACCUACAGUUCUCCAGCAUUGAAAAUUGACCAGCACCACCAAUUUGGCCGUCCUCCUGGCAUGGUCACAACUGACAACACCUCUUCACCCCACUCCACACAAUACAUCCAAAUUGCUGGUUCUCCUCUAAGCGUAUCUCCUCGGACUGCUCCGUCACCCCAUGCUCACUUGCCUCCACACUUACACCCUCACCACACGCUCCCCAUCAGUGGCCCAUCGCCAAUCUUACACAUCACACACACAGAUGGACCUUUAUCCAAGAGGGAGGAGACAAGGCCCAGGGAGGUUCUGAACGGAGAGCUGGAGAAGUACAGACGCUUUGGUCCAUCUCCCGAAUCCAGUGCAGGGAAGCAGGCCAGCACUGCCAAAGGGGGUUCCUCCACCCAGCAGCACCAGAUCCACCAGCAGCAGAGCCAACGUAACUAUGAGGCUCGGCAAGUGGUGCUACCUGCUGAAUAUGCGCAGGACAGCACAGCCAUGCGGACCUCGUUGGUGUUGGUACCCAACAGUCAUAGCUCUGGUGUUGCUGAUCCUGGAGGUACACCUGACAAGCUGCCUCCCUCAACAUCCCACACUGAGAAAGGAGGGAUUUGCACAGGCAAACCUGUAUCCCGCAGUUCCUCCACCUCAGCUUCCCUUCCAUUCCCUCCUCCCCCUCCACCUGUGGACAGUCUGAAGGGGGCAGUUUCCACACUGUCUCCUCAUGCCAUCAUCCAGACCACUCACAACACCACAGAGUCCCUUUCCCUGGGCCUCCCCUCCACCAAUUUCUACUCUGCUCAGCAGCCCAUCAUCGGUUACAUUGCCGGCACAGGGCACCAGCAGCCUCUCAGCUACCACACCAGCCUAUCCCAGCACCUGGUCAUCCCAGGAACUCAACCAGUCAUCAUCCCAGUGAGUGGAACUGAAGCUACUGCUACAUCAACCACACAGCCCUUGCCUGUGGCACUGCCCCAUGCUUUCGUCACCUCAAUGGCCCCAAAAGUAGAGACUUUUGAGGCUCCAGCCCCAUACCCUCACCCUGCCGCAGCUGUUGUUCAAGCCCAGUUGCAUUUGCCUGUGGUACCAGCCCCUACCGGCCUGCUGACAUCACCGCCGCCACCCUCAGCCCCUUCACUGCCCCUUUACUUCACCAAGGGCUCCAUCAUCCAGUUGGCAGAUGGAGAAUUAAAGCGGGUGGAGGACCUGAAGACUGAGGAUUUCAUUCAGAGUGCUGAGAUCAGCAAUGAGCUGAAGAUUGACUCCAGCACUGUAGAGCGCAUUGACAGCAGUCAUACGCCUAACUUUGCUAUUAUACAGUUUGCUGUCGGAGAGCAUCGCUCACAGGUCAGCGUAGAGGUGCUUGUAGAGUAUCCUUUCUUCGUGUUCGGCCAGGGCUGGUCAUCAUGUUGUCCAGAACGGACAACCCAGCUGCUCGAGUUGCCAUGCACCAAGCUUUCAGUAGGCGACGUUUGCAUCUCCCUUACCCUGAAGAACCUGAGGAAUGGCUCUAUCAAAAAAAGCCAGGGGCAAGUCUUGGAUGCACCUUCCCUCGGUCCACCCCUUAAAUUACCCAAAGCACUCUCCAGUGGUGUGCGAGGGGGUGUUCGGCACACAGAACAGGAAAAUGGACUCCGGCAGUGUGGAGAUCAGGGAGGUGGAGGCGGCCAAGCCAAUAGAGAGAAUGGAGAACUGAGGUUUGGCGAAAGAGACAUCUGCAAAGCACCACCGGUCACUGAAUCAGAGUCCGGCAGCAAGCCCACAGGCCGCAAAAGGAGGUGGUCGGCCCCUGAGGGCCGCAAAGUAGAAAAUCCUGAAGGAGAGCCUCCUUUAACGUUCCCCAAACCUUCCUUCAUCCCUCAGGAGGUUAAAAUCAGUAUCGAAGGCAGAUCAAAUAUUGGAAAGUGAAUGAGCAUUGGACUGUCAUAUUUUAAAAGCAAAAAUUGCCCUCGGAA